GGACUGCGAGCUUGUGAAGGUAAUAAUAUUUUGGAGGAGGUUUGUAUCAGGUGUGGAAGGUAGUGCUGGUUUCCCUAUUUUGUUGCAAAAAGUACUAGUGUUAGAUUUUGUCCAUUUAAUGCCUGAGGCUAUCAAAGUGUUGGCU